GAGAGUGGGCUCGUGUGGGUUAGAGUGGGGCGCGUGGCAGAAAGAGACUUCCGCACUGUCCAGUUCUGGGAGCGGCCAAGUGACCGAACGGCUUCUACCAAGGAAGGCGAGCACCGCAGCACCUCCUCUCCUCCAUCAUCAUCCAUCAAACCUCACAACCGCCCAUCGCCCAACCGCCUCAUUCAAUCGCCCAGAGCCCCAGAAGAGGCCCGCGACCGCCGAAAAACACCGAUUCCCGUCAUAUAGAACGGUCUGAAAGCAUUCACCGGCCCGAAAUCCGAUUUUUCGAGUCCGCCGCUGCAGCAGGAGGAGUGCAUGUUGCUGGAUUGAGGUUCUGCGAAGCCGUCGUCGGCGCUUUCGCGCGACUCGCCCACAACAACCUCCUCCCCCGCCCCAGGCCCUUCCCGCAUCGCAUCUCCGACUUUUCCAUCGAGCGAAGCGGUCUAUCAUCCCCAGGCCGCCAUCUUCUUUGCGAAUCCGAUACCGACCGCUUGUUUGUGGUUCAAUUUUUUUUCUUUGUCCGUGUCGCCACUCCGCUCGGGUGACGGUCGCGCCAAGGAUUUUCUCUCGGUCACCCUUACCAUCCCGACCACAUCGCAUCAUCUCGCCAUUGUCGGUCGGUCCAUCAUGUCCUUCCACCCUCAGACUCCGCAAAGCCCCUCGCAAUUCUCUCCUGGCACGAGCGACCAGAAUAUGAGCAUGAGCAGCUCCAUGACCUCCAUCACGACCGCUCUGCCGACUCCUGCCCACAGCGUAAACGGAAGCACAUUACCCACCGACGCCUCCCAGGACGUCGUCAUGGGCGGAGACUCCCCCCACAAGCGCAAGCGAGCCUUUGACGAUCUCGGCGAUAGACAGCAGAAGAAGGUGCACAGCGAGGGCCGCAAACUUGGUAUUGAUGACCUGCACCUUGAUGUGGGCGAGAAAUACCUCCUUUGCAGAACUCCCCAUCCUACGCCGCGCCCGCAUGUGUCGGAAGAUCUCUUUGAGCUCUACGGCUUGGGACCUCUUGCCGACUCGGUAGCCCGCGUGCUUCCGAACGGUGAGAAGAAUGCGAUCAGGAAGACGUACAAGGGUUUCAUCAAGAAGCUCGGCGUUCAAGGCCACUUCGACUCGGUCAAGCAAGAUCCCCACCGCGAGGAUAGCAUGCUCUGGUUGAUGCAGGUGCCCGAGGAUGUUUGGGAUGCAAGAUACGUCAGGGGCAAGGAUAUUCACCACGGAUUCAACCCCGAGGUCAAGAGCAAGCUGAUGCGUGCUACCACUAUGAGCAAGGGUGUCGUUCCCAAGAGUGUCUGGGACAGCUCGGUCUUGGGCGAGAUUGGCCCCGGCAAGGGCGACAGAGCCAUGUCUUCUGCCAGACCUACCGCACCCAACACCCCGCUCAACCUUGGAGGGUCUCAACAGCCUCGUAUCAAGGUUGGCACUCCGGUCGCUGCCCAGGAUAGGGCCAAGCGUGCCGUCAAGAAGAGAAGCUACGGUGACAGCAGCUUCGAAGGCUACGGCGAAGGCUUUCCAGACGAUGACACAGGCGCUGCGUCAGGCUACUCUACUGGAGAGGGUGAUAUGGCGUCUGGGAACAAGCGCAGAAAAAAGACCCAUGGAGUCUCACAGGCCCAUCCUCAAGCCCGGCAACCGGUCUAUGGCGCUGGAACUUAGGAGUCUCCAGCUGCUGAGUCCAGCCAGCCGCCGCCCGAGCGUGUCACCAAGUCGCAGACUGCUACCAAAAAGCAAACUGCAAACGGUGGUGCCAAAGCACAGGGACGAGGACGCCGGCCACGUGCCGAUUAGAAAAGCCACACCUACCAGUGUUCAGGGUGAUACCUGGUGUACCGGUUGACGAUGACCUUGGCUCGCCCGCGACGCAUCAUACAAUGUUUUGCCUUGUCUUGCCUCUUUGCGCGGAGAGUUGACAACCGAGACGAAAAGACGGUCACAGCUUUUGGAGCCUUUUCUUUGCAACGAAUGUGGUCGGCAGCAACAGCGAUUGGUAUCGACCCGCGUACUUGAGACGCUAGCUGCAUAGUUGAUGAGUACGGCAUCGAUUUGAUCAAAACAUACCCAUCAACUUGAAUUUCCGGUAUCCGUCAGUCUAUACGGCCUUGUCUCAAUCGCAAUCAACGGAUCCUUUCGCGUUUGUUGGAUGGCUUUCGUUGUCGAGCAGAGGGCAUUGGCUUUGUGGGUUCACCACAAUCGUGGGCUAACAUCGAGGGCAUCAUCGGGGGACACAAGAAACACUGAUAUUUUGCAUUUUGCAAAUUUGAUUUUUCAGCAAGGCGUUGGGGUUUAAGGUUCUGUCUUUUUAUUUUACAUUUAAUUUGAUAUUCCCCGGGGGAGGGAACAACACAAAACAACAAACAAACAAGCUUUAUACCGUUUGGGGGACCAGGGUUACUUGAGGCAUUUCAUCGUUCUUGACAUUUGGCGAGGUGGGGGCGGGGGAAACGUUCACAAAGAUCAUACCAAGGACAUGAGAAACAUGAUGAGAGGGUACAUUGGCGGGCUUUGAUUAUUCUGACGCGCGCGAGGUUCUAUAUUAUUGUUUUUCUUUGCUGAGGGGCAGCAGGACAGGGGACCUACAUGACCAACCGAGGACCGAGGCCGGGAUCAUAAGGAAACGGGUUUAUGAAAAGGGGGUUUAGAGAGGGUUGACCGGCUGGCUUCUUCUUUUUUUAUGAGAGGAAUUUUGAUAUCGCAGGGGGUGGUGGGUGAGUUUCCUGGUCUAUAUGGUCUGUGGUUUUGGGGUUGGUGAGGUUGCUGCUUUUGUCUUCCGGGGGAAGGCAAGAUGAUGUGGUGGGGAGUAGGGAGAGAUGGUGGUGAGGUUAGGUGAUGAUGGGGUGUGAGAAGGAGGGAGUGGAAAAGCGAUAAUAAAGCAGCGUUUGCUA